AUGCGGAGCAGCAAGAAACACCAGACUUUGGAGGAAAUCGCACAGGCUGAGGAUUCAGACGACUUUGACUACGACGAUAAUGCGCCUGGCCCCUCAAAGUCCCGCCCUACUCGAGCUCGUGGCACCGUGAAGCUCGUGCGAAAGAAACAUCGAAGAGGUGGAUAUAAGGGUUCCGACGUAGACAGUGACAGUGAAGACGUCGUGUCUGACGACGAAGACUCUUUCGAAGACGAAGACGACGAAGAAAUUGAGACCAACGAGAGAGGACGACCUAUUCGCAGCGCGACCAAGCGAACGCAGACCUACGACGAAGGUGACUCCAACGAAGAGGACGAACUUGCUCGUUCUGAGUCCUCAGAAGAAGAAAUCCUCCCAGCUCGAAAAAUACGUGCACCACGUAAGAGUCUGAUCGUUAAGCUCAAGAUUGGUGAAGCACGCAAAGCACGAUCUACACGAGCUGGCAGCAGGCAACCUAGCAGCACCGCCCAACCUACCGGGCCUACUCGUCGUAGUAGUCGUUUGUCUCACGACGAAGACGACCAGAUCAUUGCGUUGACAAACUCUGGCAACCACGUAGAGGUCGUCAGGGAAGGUUCACGCGAUCCUGAAGGCAUCCCUCCCCGAGCCCUUAAAGGCGGGAAAGGCCUGAAGUACCCAUCCAAAAGUACGAUAGAUGAGGACGAAGAGCCUGAGUCGAACUUGACCAAAGAAGAGGAGAUGGAUGAGCUUGAGAUCAAAGCGUCUCAGCAUGAGAUCCUUGAAAAUGAUCCGAGGGCGCAGGGAGAUCCCGACGAUAUCGCGAUUCCGAGACUGGUCAGCGACCUUCAACAAGCUGCUGCUGAAGACGAUGAGCCAGACUCACCUGAUCCUCUGCAGAGAACCAAUCCACCUGCAGAAGAUGAAGAGGACGACGAUGACGAUAUGCCACUUACUCGAGGGAGAUCUACUCGAUCGUCUAACAAGCGCAAGGCCGAUUCCGCGCCGCCAGACUCGCCUCAGAACUCGAAACGUUUGCGUCGCAACCGUCGCAAUGCUGCAUCAGGUGCCAGUUCGAGGACUAGGCGAAAAGGCCAGGAAGAAAGCAGUGACUUCGACCCCGAGGACGCGCAGGAGGGAGAAAUGGAUGUGUCAAGCUCCGGAGAGUCAGAGCCUUCACAGCGAAGGGAGAUUCAACGCAAUGACGAUGACUCUAGCAACGGUGGCCGUCGGUCGACGCGCCUCCGUAGUAAGGCUGUGUCGCGUCAAAGAUCGCCAGUCACAGACGAAGAUGGAGAUCUGGCUGCUGAGCUUGCGGAGCUCAAGCGCGAUGGGAAGAAGUCGCGAGCAAUUCGUGACGAAAUAACAUUUGAACCCAGAGGCACUCGACGUGGUGGGAGAAAGAAUUACGACUUGCUUCGUACCCUGCCUGUCAUCGAAGACGAGGAAGAGGCUGCUCCAUCGCCCUCACAGCGAGCUCGCAAACCCGGCGCUGGUAGCUGGCAACGUAGUUUGUUCAGCACAUACGGACCAUUCGGUGGUGCUGGCGGGCCGGCACCAGUUCUAGGGGGUCCUUCGAUGCCACGAGCUCAGGGAGAUGUGGACUCCGACAGCAGCGACGACGAAGUCAUGAAGCAGCCGAAACCUGUCGGAGGUGCUGUUGGCAUGACGCCUACUACUGCCGGUCCUUCUGGCUUCAACCUGUUUCCACAAGCUGGAGCAGAUCAGGCACCCGCUGGGACUCCCGCAAAUCUAGGCAAGGUGAAAGACAAACAAGCCCUGGCUGAUGCAGACCCUCUGGGUGUCGACCCUAACGUCAAUUUUGAUGGCGUUGGUGGCCUUCAAGGCCAUAUCGAUCAACUCAAGGAGAUGGUCGCGCUGCCUCUGUUGUAUCCUGAGAUCUUCAUGCGUUUCAAAAUCACACCUCCACGAGGCGUCUUAUUCCAUGGUCCACCAGGCACGGGAAAGACACUUCUCGCUCGCGCCUUGGCUUCUAGCGUCAGCUCCCAGGGCCGGAAAGUCACCUUCUAUAUGCGCAAGGGUGCCGAUGCUCUAAGCAAGUGGGUUGGUGAGGCUGAACGUCAGCUCCGGCUCCUGUUCGAGGAAGCUCGCAAGAAUCAGCCUAGCAUUAUCUUCUUCGACGAGAUUGACGGCUUAGCACCGGUGCGAUCGAGCAAGCAAGAGCAAAUCCACGCGUCUAUUGUUUCAACCCUUCUAGCGCUGAUGGAUGGGAUGGACGGUAGAGGCCAAGUCAUUGUCAUUGGCGCGACCAACCGACCUGACUCGAUUGACCCUGCGCUCAGGCGACCUGGGCGUUUCGAUCGCGAGUUCUAUUUCGCCUUACCGAACACGGAGGCGCGGCGUGCUAUCAUCGACAUUCACACACGUGGCUGGAACCCACCUCUAGCUCCCGAAGUCAAGGAUGAGCUCGCGAAGGUCACCAAAGGCUACGGUGGUGCUGAUCUACGAGCGUUGUGCACUGAAGCCGCUUUGAAUGCAGUGCAGAGACGCUAUCCACAAAUCUACGCUUCAAACGAAAAGCUCUUGAUCGAUCCAUCGUCUAUAGAAGUCACACCAAAGGAUUUCAUGAUAUCUGUCAAGAAGAUGGUGCCUUCCUCCGAACGUUCAGCAUCAUCUGGAGCCGCUCCACUUCCAGCCACUGUGGCACCUCUUCUGCAGCAGCCCCUUGGCAAUAUUGUUCGUAUACUCGACGAAAUCAUGCCGCAGAAGAAAGCUUUGACUGCUUUAGAAGAGGCACAGUAUGAGGAUACUUCAGAUGGGCACUCCUUCGGUCGAGAGCGCAUGCAGCAAGCUUUUGAAUCUGCACGAGUAUUCCGACCUCGCUUGCUGCUCCAUGGCAAGCUUGGUAUGGGCCAGCAGUAUCUGGCAGCCGCCAUACUCAGCCAUUUUGAACGUGUACAUGUGCAGUCUUUGGACUUGUCGAUUCUGUAUGGCGACAGUACAAGUGGACCAGAGGCUACCAUUAUUCGCUUGUUCGCUGAAGUCAAAACUCACAAGCCUAGUGUCAUCUACAUACCGAACGUGCAGGAGUGGUAUCGUACACUUGGGCCGCAUAUCAUUUCGACGUUUCUCGGGCUGCUUCGCUCCAUCAAAUCUACGGAUCCCAUUAUGCUACUCGGCAUCGUUGAGAAUGACGAUGACGAUGUUGACGAUGAUAUGCGACGGGAGCUCUUUGGUUACUCCCAGAAAAAUCGCUUUCUGCUUCAACAACCGCAGCUAGAUGAGAUCUUAAAAUUCUUUGAGCCAAUCAAGGAGUAUAUCUCCAUGCGGCCAGAAGAAUUCCCGGAGCACAAGAAUCGCAAGAAGCGCCAACUUGAGAAGCUGCCCGCAGCGCCACCCGAGCCCGUCAAGGCGCCUACACCCUUAAGCAAAGAAGAACUCAAGGCUCAGAAGAAGCGUGACAGACAGGCUCUCAAUAUGCUAAAGAUCCGACUUCAGCCGAUCAUGGACCAGAUCCGAACCAGACAUAAAAAGUUCCGCACUGGCGUUAUCGAUGAGAGCCAAAUCCGCUACCUCUAUGAUGAAGCCGAUCCCGGCACGGUCACUUCGGACUUGCCAACCGAGUUUCGUGCUACUGCCACGUUCCGACCAUUUGAGAUCGGUAAAGACGUCCACGGUGUCCCGGGUCUGGUUGAGCAAUCGACUGGCAAAUUCUACUACAAUCUUGAUUCAGUGACAAUAGAGAAGAGGCUGAGCAAUGGAUACUACAAGCGGCCCAAAGACUUUUUAGCCGAUAUCAGGCGUCUUGCCAAAGAUGCCAAAACCAUCGGAGAUGACGAUCGACUUCUCAAGGCCAAUGAGCUGCUUGCCAACGUCGAGGUAGACAUUGGCGGUAUCGAAGUAGGCGAACCCGUCCUGGCUGCUGAAUGUGAAAAAGUAUACCAGCGUGAACUUGCGAGAGAAAAAGAGAUGCUGGAUAAAGCCAAGGCCGAUGCUAUGAAUCAACACAUGCCUCCCCCGGUUUUCGUGUCCAAUGUACCGCACAAUUCAGGGACGGACGUCUCAGGAGGUAAUACGUCCAUUGGCCCAAUCAAGCUUGGCAUCAACACAGACACACGUGGUCCGGACCUCUUGUCACGCUUCCAGCCCACAACGCCAUCAAGACCUUCAUCGACCAGUGUUUUGACCAAUGGCGUUCACAAAAACGAUUCUGCUGGGAACUCUGGUGAGCGUACUAACGGCACGACUUCGAGCGAAGGCCAUAGAGGCGAUGUUGACGAUGACACGCCUAUGGGCGGCACAAAUUCUGUACCCACGUCGGGCCAGAAGAGUGAUGGAACGCAUUCUUCGAGCUCAUUUGACAAUCGCGCGUCAGCUCAGCCAAGGCCUUUCCACCAGUACACCGCGCCCUCGCAACAACUGCGCGAAGAAUUCGGUCAGUCUGAGCCACUUUCGCAAACUGGUGGCAUCACGUCUAUGAAACGGGGUAGUCAGGCAGCAGACUACCAGAACGAUGCAAGUACCACUGAUACUCCAGGCGACAAGAAAUCGUCUGGACCGCAGCAUAGCACUCAGGAGUCAGGGCCGAAUUUGUUCAACUUUGACGAGUCAGUCGGGCGUGACUUGCCGGCUACUCAACCAGGUAUGCUCCACGAACUGUUCAAGCGCCGCACGAGGCACGAGGAGCCCGAGGACCCAUGUCUAACUGGUGAUACAGAACUGCCGAAUUCUCAAAACUCGCACGCGCCGCAAAAUAGCAAUCCCUCCCAGCAGACGCGAACUCCUGGAUCGCAAGCACCCCCUGUACCGCUCUUUGAUGGUGCGACGAAGAAGGCUGAGCAAUCCGAGCGAAACCGUCGACCAAGUACACAUCUCCAAGAUCUUCUCAAUCCUUCGCCGCUACCGAAUUUCGUACGCCCGCCACAACACGAACUCAACAGGGUUGUGUACAAGCUGUCGAGAGACUGUAUGGACUUGACAGUGGAGCAGUUGGAGCAGGUCAACAGUUCGCUCAUGGAGGUCAUCUGGCAGACUAGAGACGAGUGGAAUCGGGAGAAAGUGCUCGAGGAAGUGGAGGCUGCUGCCAGUGAGGUGCGAAAUGAUAUGAGAGGAGCUGGACAGAAUGUACCGCCUUCGACCGGGCAGAGUUAUCGGUAG